CUAAAACUUCUGUCACCUGUCAUGGAUUUAAAAUAGUGCGCUAAUGUCACACCCAAGGUGCAAAUCUACCCCAAUUCUGCCGCUACCCCUUUAGAUUAUCCAGGCAAGCACUCGAAACCCGUUUAAACACACAUUCUGAAAAUAUCUCUGACCUCAUUGGACUAUUGGACAUCUUGGCACGAAAAUUGAUUGACCUCCCAAAAAAAGAUGGCUACGCAAGUGCUAGUGGAAGAGGAGUUGGGCCGAAAAUGGGACCGGUGUUUUUCGGAUUCAUUACUGAAAUUCGGCGGCGGACUUGUCCUAGGCUCGGUCUUUUCCCUGUUAUUUUUUAAGAGAAGACGGUGGCCCAUUCUUCUAGGUGGCGGCUUCGGCGUGGGAAUGGCAUACUCGAACUGCGAGCGAGACUUGAACGCCACCAUUCGUGAUCGAAGCCUCUAAUCCAGCGCCUCAUUAGUACAUUAGCCUAUUCCUACAAACAUCUUUUGGUAGAGUGUAAAUAAAUGGUUUAGUUGUUUAA